AUGCGACAGGCCAUGUCCACUCGCACCUUCGGUGCAUUUCGAAGGGAUGUUCAAAUAGCUCAAGCUUCCGCCGCCCCGUAUUCUUCGUACGGAGGUUCGUCAUCUACCUACGACGACGGUCAGUGGCACGGAGGAUAUUCAUCGGGCAGUUCAUCCGAUCAACAAGCAGGCUCCGGUCAGAGCCAGUCAGGAACUAUGUCUUCAGGUAGUGGGAACACAGGGAGCUCGGGCACAAGCGGAGACUCCUACGGCGCUGGUAGUGCCGCCCAAGCCAGUCCUGUUGCUUCGACAGAGAACUCAGCGUCGUCAUGGUCUGAAGGAAGUUCCGCCAGCAGUGGCCAGGGCAAUACCCAGGGGUGGAGUAGCCAAUAUGUUCAGAACGCACCGUCUCCAUCGGCUACAGCCACCUGGACCAGCAUGACAUUGAGCACCUCCACAACCAGCAAUACCACACCCACUCGCUCGAGCACUACCGAAACCGAAGCCCCCGCCAGUACAACGACAGCCGCCUCUGCUGCAGGUACCUCGCAUGUCGCUACGCCCCAGUCUACCAAGUUGGCCAUGGGGCUGAGUAUUGCAUUGGCUGUCGUGGCCAUCCUAGGCUUCUUUGUGUGGUCAUUGCACCGGAAGAAACGGGCCUUGCAGAGGGCAAUAGCUGGCCACACCGGCCGCAACGAGAAGCCAGACCCUAGUCCACAACAACCGUCAAUGAUGAAGAGAUGUGCCAACAGCAUCUGCAACGGUGCAUCAGCCAUUAAUUUCAAGUCUGCCAAAUCGCGUCUACGUUCGACUUCCAUGCGUCUUCCUGGAGCUCCCAAGGCGGAGUACAAACCAAUCAAGGACUUGGCGCUCAAGGUCUAUGCCAAUGGCCGCGGGAUGCUACGUACAGCAGCGAACAUUGCACGGUCUACCUGGAAGAAGUCGAACGUGCAUGUUCCCCGACCUGCAUCUGAGUAUAUGCACGAUCCCAACAGUGUCGUGCGGGAUGGCUUCCGUCAGAUCCAUCGGUCAUACUUGUCUUUGCCUCAGACACGCAGCAUCAACAACAAUAAGGAUAACAAGGAUAUCCAUCCCGCAUUGCGAGGUCUACAUUCCUCCACUGAGACAUUAGUCGGGGCAGACAUGGGAAGAAUCAAGGAAGUAACCGUGUCCAACACUCCUCCAAAAGAAGAGACUGGCAGGAUUCCAGAGGCCAAUGUCGCUACAGUGGAGACCAUUUCGCGAGGCACAUCGACGAAUUCCAGCUCCCCGGCAGUUUCGAGAAGCCCAACCAUUGAGGUCCCUACUAUCGAAAUACCCACUUCUCCUGGAGCACCUCCAAUUUCAUUGGCUCGUGUGUAUCGCGUCGACAUGGAUUUCCGCCCUGUGAGCCCUGAACACGUUGGACUCAAGGAGGGACAAACGGCUAUCCUACACCUAGUAUACGAAGAUGGAUGGGCAUUGGUCACUGUCCUCGAAACCAACAAAGAAGGCCUCGUCCCACGGGCCUGUUUCUCCGCCCAACCAAUACGGAACCAAGCCCAGUAUCUCGGAAACAACAUCAGUAUCUCGACGGAUCACGUUCCUCGCUCUCCGCGUCCUGCGACUCCCACCUCGCCAUGCGAGUCGACAUCUGAUGGCGAUCUCGGACGGUUCUACUCGAACUGCGUGAGUCCGGAGUUGCCGCCAGUUGACGAUGAGAGACCACAGACGCCGCGGCUGAAGUCUUUGCCGUCGAUUGCGAGUUUCCUGAAAUCACCUCCCAGCUUUAAGAGCAUGGUUUAG